AUGCCAUUGUUGAGGCUGAUCCUCCUGGCUCUGCUGAUGGUAGAGGGAGACUCUGUGUGUCGACUGCAAGGCUUGGGACAACCACCGGAACUGGCCCAAGAUGGUGACCUUGUUAUCGGGGGUAUUUUCUCAUUUCGCACAGGGCAGGACUAUGUGGUGGACACAUUUCAGACAGUCCCAGGCGUACGGAAAUGCAAGAACUUUAACUUCAGAGAAUUCAAAUUUGCUCAAACUGUGAUAUUUGCCAUAAAUGAGAUCAACAAAAAUCCUGACAUGCUCCCACAUGUUAAACUUGGUUACAAGAUUUAUGGCAACUGUGGAGCAAUGGGCAUAUCAAGAGCUGCACUGGCACUGGUGAGUGGAGUGAAGGGAGAAGUCAGGGACAGCAACUGCACUAAGACUGACACAGUGCAAGCUAUCUUAGGACACUCAGGAUCAAGACCGACCAUUGCAUUUGCACCUGUGGUUGCAAAGUUCCAUAUACCUGUGAUCAGCCAUUUUGCCACCUGUGCCUGUUUAAGCAACCGGAAAGAGUAUCCAACUUUUUACAGAACUAUUCCCAGUGAUUACUACCAAAGCAGAGCCCUCGCAAAGCUGGUCAAACACUUUGGUUGGACCUGGAUCGGGGUUAUAGCUGUGGAUAAUGAAUAUGGCCUCAAUGGUAUAACUGCAUUUAUCCAAGCUGCACAAGAACUAGAAGUGUGCAUUGAGUACUCUGAGGCAUUCUCAUCUUCAAGUCAUCCCGAAAGACUGCAGAAACUUAUAGAGAUAAUUAAAUCUGCAACAUCCAAAGUGAUCAUGGCUUUUGUGUCUCACAGAGAAAUUAAGCUGCUUGCCAAAGAGUUAUACAAACAGAAUAUUACAGGUCUGCAGUGGGUCGGCAGUGAUGCCUGGGUCACAGAUCACUCUCUCACUGACAGUGAGGGACACAGCAUCUUGGUGGGCUCUUUGGGCUACACUGUGAGCAAAGCUAAGAUCCCCGGGCUGGAGGAGCAACUGAGGCAGCUACACCCCUCACAGUUUCCUGACAGUCAGUUUGUCAGGGAUUUCUGGGAAGAUGUGUUCGACUGUGCUCUGAAUGAAAGUGAAAACACUCAGAAACAGCCAUGCACUGGCUUAGAGAGCUUGCAAAAUGUGGACUCACAAUUCACUGAUGUGUCCGAGCUGAGGUUCACCAAUAAUGUGUACAAGUCUGUUUAUGCAGUGGCUAAUGCUCUUGAUGACUUGAUCAAAUGUGAAGAGGGAAAAGGGCCCUUUCCAAACGGUUCAUGUGCUGAUAUAAAAAACAUUCAACCCUGGCAGGUGUUGCAUUAUCUGGACUCUGUGAAUUUCACCACACAAGAAGGGGAGAGAGUCUAUUUUGACAAGAGUCGUCAGUUUAUCAUAAGUAACAACACGGUUGUGUGGGGAAAUGGAAAGACCAAGGAGGUGCCUGUGUCGGUCUGCAGUGAGUGUUGUCUCCCAGGAUCUCGUAAGGUCCUCCAGAAAGGCAAACCAGUGUGUUGUUAUGAUUGUGUACCAUGCCCACCAGGGGAGAUCAGUAAUUUAACAGAUUCAAUCAUCUGUAUGAAGUGUCCUCCAGCAUACUGGUCCAACAAGCAGAGAGACGCCUGCAUCCCCAAACUAAUCGAAUUCUUGUCUUACCAUGAAAUCCUUGGAACACUGCUGGUUUUAUUUUCUCUGUUGGGAGUUUUCUUAACAAUGAUCACAACACUUGUUUUCUACUGCCACAAAGAAACCCCACUAGUACGGGCCAACAAUUCUGAGCUGAGCUUCCUUCUGCUCUUCUCUUUGACUCUGUGCUUCCUGUGUUCUCUGACCUUCAUCGGCCGGCCCUCCGAGUGGUCCUGCAUGCUGAGACACACAGCAUUUGGCAUCACUUUUGUGCUCUGUAUAUCAUGUGUGCUUGGGAAAACUAUAGUGGUGUUAAUGGCCUUCAGGGCGACACUUCCAGGCAGUAAUGUGAUGAAGUGGUUUGGGCCUGCACAGCAAAGACUCAGUGUUCUUGCUUUUACUCUAAUACAGGUUUUAAUUUGCAUACUGUGGCUGACCAUAAAUCCCCCGUUUCCCCUAAAUAAUAUGAAACACUACAAAGAGAAGAUAAUACUAGAGUGUGAUCUUGGCUCAGCUAUAGGGUUUUGGGCUGUGUUAGGAUACAUUGGACUUUUAGCUCUCCUGUGUUUUUUUCUUGCUUUUCUGGGUCGAAAGCUGCCUGAUAAUUUCAACGAAGCUAAAUUCAUCACAUUCAGCAUGCUGAUAUUCUGUGCUGUGUGGAUCACAUUCAUCCCAGCAUAUGUCAGCUCUCCUGGGAAGUUCACAGUAGCUGUGGAGAUAUUUGCCAUUCUGGCCUCCAGUUAUGGGCUUCUCUUCUGCAUUUUCCUGCCAAAAUGUUUCAUCAUUUUGUUUAGACCUGAGCAGAACACUAAGAAACACAUCAUGGGUAAGACAUCAAAUAAUGAUAUACAUUAUUAA